CUCUCUUUACCUGUUACCACUUAGAUUUUUUUCCUCUUCUUCUCUAUUAAGCCACCGACUCUUCUUCUUCUUCUUCCGAUGGACACCUCAGCUGAAAAUCAGAGCCCUUCUUCGUCAGACGUGGAUGUCACGCCGCGUGGAGCAUCCUCAUCCGUCCUUCGGGCCCUGCAGUUAAUCCAAUACGACGACGACGAUUCCAAGCUUCAAGCCGCCAAGGAAAUCCGCCGUCUCACCAAAACUUCCCAGAGGUGUCGGCGGCUUCUCUCCGACGCUGUCAUCCCACUCGUUUCUAUGCUCCGAGUUGAUUCACCUGAGUCCCACCACGAGUCCGCCCUUCUCGCCCUCCUCAACCUUGCCGUUAAAGACGAAAAGAACAAGAUGAGCAUUGUGGAAGCAGGUGCAUUGGAGGCAGUUAUUAGAUUCCUUCAAAGUGAUAACUUAAACCUACAGGGCACUGCAACAGCAGCUUUGCUCACUCUCUCUGCUUCUGUCAACAACAAGCCGAUCAUCGGCGCAUCCGGUGCCAUUCCUCUGCUUGUACAUAUCCUUGGACAUGGAACCACACAGGCUAAGGUUGAUGCUGUGAUGGCUCUAUCCAAUCUCUCGACGCAUACAGACAAUCUUACCGUCAUUAAACAAAGCAGUUCCAUCCCUGCCAUUGUUAGUUUACUGAAAGCCUCGAAAAAGUCUUCGAAAACAGCGGAAAAAUGCUGUUCCGUGAUAGAAUCCUUGGUGGGUUUCGAUGAAGGAAGAACAGCUUUGGCGGCUGAAGAUGGCGGAAUAUUAGCAGUCAUCGAGGUGCUCGAAAACGGCACUGUCCAGGCUAGGGAACAUGCCGUUGGGGCACUGCUGACUAUAUGCGAGAGCGACCGAUGUAAAUACCGGGAACCGAUUCUUAGAGAAGGUGUGAUCCCGGGAGUACUGGAGCUAACAGUGCAAGGAACACCAAAAUCUCAGACAAAAGCCAAGACCCUUUUGAGGUUACUGAGGGAGAGUCCAUAUCCGAGAUCGGAGCUCGAACCGGACACACUAGAGAACAUUGUUUGCAACAUAAUCUCUCAGAUCGAUGGGGACGAGCAGUCUAGUAAAGCAAAGAAGAUGCUGGCAGAGAUGGUGCAAGUCAGUAUGGAGCAGAGCUUGAGACAUUUACAGCAAAGAGCUCUGGUUUGCACGCCAACUGAUUUGUGACUGUUUUGGUGGGGUUUAAUACGUAAAGUUUCAUAAGCAUAUAUAGUGAAAAAUGCCGGUCCAGGCCGCAUGUGGUGGUUCGGGUGACUGGUAAAAGAUGUGAAUAAACUGGGAAUUAUGUGUUUCUAGUUUGCUUGUGUACAAGCAAUCAAGGUCUUUCUUCAA